AUGAAGCGUCCCUCAGCCUCGCGCUCGCGCUCGCGUCCCUCACGCCCCUCACAACCGCGGACCGCGUCCUUCGCCCCGUCGCUCCGCCGCCGCAACACGUCGCAGUCCGCACACAGCUACGACGACCCAGAAGCCGCCUCGACUGCCGCCGCCGAUGCCGUCAUCGCCUCGGAGAUUGCCGAGAUCAAGCGCUAUGAAGACUUCACGACCAUCGACUGGGUGCAGGACGCCGCGCGCGAAUCGCUGCGGCGCAAGGCACGGCGCAAGUCGCGCCUGUCCCGCGUCCACGAGCACGCCAGCGGCCGCGUGUUCCUGGGCCGCGGGCGUGGCAAGUGGCGGCGCAAGAUUGCAGAGGCGUAUGAUGCGGGCCAGGCGUGGAUCGUGGUGACGCUGGUCGGCGCCGCGAUUGGCUUGAAUGCCGCGUUCCUCAACAUCGUGACCGAGUGGCUGUCGGACAUCAAGCUGGGGCGCUGCACGACCGCGUUCUAUCUCAACGAGAGCUUCUGCUGCUGGGGCGCUGAGCAGGGCUGUCCCGAGUGGAAGCGUUGGAGCCGAGUGUGGCCGGUGAACUAUGUCAUGUACAUGGCCUUUGCGGCCCUCUUUGCGCUGGCGGCGGCGACGUUGGUCAAGAGUUUUGCGCCGUACGCGGCAGGCAGUGGCAUCAGUGAGAUGAAGUGCAUCAUCGCGGGAUUCGUGAUGAAGGGCUUUCUGGGCGCCACGACGCUGUUCAUCAAGAGCAUUGGCCUGCCGCUUGCCAUUGCCUCGGGCUUGAGUGUGGGCAAAGAGGGCCCGAGUGUGCACUAUGCCGUCUGCACAGGGAACGUCAUCAGCAGGUUCUUCGACAAGUACCGUCGAAAUGCCGCCAAGACGAGGGAGAUUCUGAGUGCGAGCGCGGCGGCGGGCGUGGGCGUCGCCUUUGGAAGUCCGAUUGGAGGCGUGCUGUUCAGUCUCGAGGAAAUGUGCAAUCAUUUCCCACUGAAGACCAUGUGGAGGAGUUACUUUUGCGCGCUGGUGGCUACCGCUGUUCUGGCUGCAAUGAAUCCCUUCCGCACCGGCCAACUCGUCAUGUUCCAAGUCAAAUACGACCGCUCGUGGCACUUUUUCGAGAUCCUCUUCUACCUUGUCAUCGGUGUGUUUGGCGGUCUCUACGGCGCCUUUGUCAUAAAGUGGAAUCUGAAGAUGCAGGUCUUCCGCAAGAAAUACCUUUCCGCGUACCCCAUCACCGAGGCCGUCGUCCUAGCCGUCAUCACGGCGGUGAUUUGCUACCCGAACAUGUUCCUGCGUAUCGACAUGACGGAGAGCAUGGAGAUUCUAUUUCAAGAAUGUGAGAACGGUCACGACUACGACAAGCUGUGCGACCGCGACCAACGCUGGCAUAUGAUCUUAUCCCUCGCCUUCGCCACCACAAUCCGCACCCUCCUUGUCAUCAUCUCAUUCGGCUGCAAAGUCCCCGCCGGUAUCUUCGUGCCGUCUAUGGCUAUCGGCGCAGCAUUCGGCCGUAUGGUUGGUAUCCUCGUGCAAGCCCUCCACGAGUCCUUCCCCAGCAGUGCCUUCUUCUCAGCAUGCGAACCCGACGGACCUUGUAUAACCCCCGGCACAUACGCAUUCCUGGGCGCCGCUGCCGCCCUCUCCGGCAUAAUGCACAUCACUGUAUCAGUCGUCGUCAUCAUGUUCGAAAUCACCGGCGCCCUGACCUACAUCCUACCGACUAUGAUUGUAGUCGGCGUGACCAAAGCUGUCAGCGAGCGCUUCGGCCAUGGCGGCAUCGCAGACCGCAUGAUCUACCUCAACGGCUACCCCUUCCUAGACAACAAGGAAGAACACUCUUUCGGCGUCCCAGUCAGCGCCGCCAUGAGCACCAACAUCACCUGCCUGCCCGCCCGUGGCCUCGCACUGCGCGACCUCGAAUCCGCCCUGAACAAAACAGACGAUGCGUACCAGGGGUAUCCGAUCGUCGACUCCCUCGCGUCCAAAACCCUGCUCGGCUACAUCGGGCGCACAGAACUACGCUACGCGCUCGACAAAGCACGGCUUUCCGCCUCGGUGUCUCCUUCCUCGUCCGUCUCCUUCACUGCCCCCACAGAUGCAGACGCAGAUGUAGAUACAGACACCCACUUCAAUCUCUCGCGCUUCGUCGACCCCACCCCGCUAACCGUGCACCCCCGCCUCCCGCUCGAGACCGUGCUGCAGAUCUUCCAGAAAAUGGGGCCGAGAGCUAUUCUCAUCGAGUACCGCGGCCGCCUGACCGGGUUGAUCACCGUCAAGGAUUGCUUGAAAUUCCAGUUCAAGGUCGAGGCUGCGGGGCAGCAUGGCGGCGGCGGCGGCGGCGGUGGUGGUGGUGGUGGGGGGCAGGGACAGAGCGGGAUCGGCGAGGACGAGCGUAUGGAGAGGUGGAAUCGCGGAUUGCUUGCUGUUGUAAGCGUGGUGAGGGGGGUCUGGCAGAGGGGGUGGAGAGUGCUGGGGUUGGGGAGGAGUGGGGGAGUCAGGCUUGCGAGUCCGGCGGUGGGGAGGAGGGUGGAGCAGGAGUUGGAGGAUCGGGGGAGGCCGGGGAGUAGGUAG